AAUGCUCCUGCGUUUCGUUUUUGUGGUGUCGUAAAUAAAAAGAAGGCGGUGGUUUCGUUACGGCAGAGAUGAUACCUCCGCGAUACUUAGAGUCCCUAGCGAGCCAGGGCUUGGAAAGCGGUGGGCGGAACGAACUACUCCCAUCAUGCCGGGGGACAGCUCCGCGCGUCCCAUCCUGGGAAUCGUAGUCUCCCGCCCCUAGCGUCCAACGGCAACCUCGGUGUGUGAACUCUGUUACCCAGAAGGCCUCGCAAGGCCACCGCCGAAAAUAGAAUGCCUCAGUUAAUCCUUUUCGCCGGCAAUUAGCGGAACCUGUUGGCGUGGCCCACAAGGCUCAGCGGGGCUUCACGAGCCUAGUUGGUAAGCAAGGGCGACUUUGGUCAACUGCCACCUGUGCCACGGCGACAGGAACUCUCAGAUUGGUCGCUAUCCCGAGGUCCCUGCCAUGCCUCACAUCGAUAACGACGUCAAACUGGACUUCAAGGAUGUCUUGUUGAGGCCCAAACGCAGUACCCUUAAGUCUCGAAGUGAGGUGGAUCUCACAAGAUCCUUUUCAUUUCGGAACUCAAAGCAGACGUAUACUGGGAUCCCCAUCAUUGCUGCUAAUAUGGAUACUGUGGGCACCUUUGAGAUGGCCAAGGUUCUCUGUAAGUUCUCCCUCUUCACAGCUGUCCAUAAACACUACAGCCUCGAGCAGUGGAAAGACUUUGCUAGCCAGAAUCCUGACUGUCUUCAGCAUUUGGCUGCCAGCUCAGGCAUGGGCUCUUCUGACUUUGAGCAACUGGAACAGAUCCUGGAAGCUGUUCCCCAAGUGAAAUAUAUAUGCCUGGACGUGGCAAAUGGCUACUCUGAGCACUUUGUGGAGUUUGUAAAGGAUGUACGGAAGCGCUUCCCCAAACACACUAUUAUGGCAGGGAAUGUGGUAACAGGAGAGAUGGUGGAAGAGCUGAUCCUGUCUGGGGCUGACAUCAUCAAAGUAGGAAUAGGACCAGGUUCUGUGUGCACCACUCGGAAGAAAACUGGAGUGGGGUAUCCACAGCUCAGUGCAGUGAUGGAGUGUGCAGAUGCUGCUCAUGGCCUCAAAGGCCACAUCAUUUCAGAUGGAGGCUGCAGCUGUCCAGGGGAUGUGGCCAAGGCUUUCGGGGCAGGAGCUGACUUUGUGAUGCUGGGUGGCAUGCUGGCUGGGCACAAUGAGUCAGGUGGUGAGCUCAUCGAGAGGGAUGGCAAGAAGUACAAGCUCUUCUAUGGGAUGAGUUCUGAAAUGGCCAUGAAGAAGUAUGCUGGGGGCGUGGCUGAAUACAGGGCCUCAGAGGGAAAGACAGUGGAGGUGCCCUUUAAAGGGGAUGUGGACCAUACCAUCCGAGACAUCCUUGGAGGCAUCCGUUCCACAUGUACCUACGUGGGAGCAGCUAAACUGAAGGAGUUGAGCCGGAGAACCACCUUUAUCCGAGUCACCCAGCAGGUGAAUCCAAUCUUCAGUGAUGACAGCUAGACCUGAGCAGCUGUGCCCUCUCAAAGCACUAGCAGCCUAGCACAGGGCCUCCCGAUGGGCUCCUCACACACGCCAGCUACUAUGGCUAUUUAUCACUCGGUUAUUUCCUGUUGCCUUACUCCUGAGGGCUUCUGCAAUAAAUCUGUACUCUGUACACACAAAAUGCCCAGGGUACUCACUGGGGAGGAAGCAAGGAAAGCAGGCUGAGAAAAUGAAGUAAGGUAAUCAAAUGCAAAUCUGGGGACGCAGCAUCUGGAAGAUUAUGGAAAGGAAAAGAUAAUGACUCCUGCCUAAGUGUUUAAUAUGGCCUUGGUCUGGACAAGUUACUCUCCUGAUAUCAUGUUUUGUUAAUGAACUUCAUUGAAGAGUAUCUUUGAACACCUAAAAAGCUCAGAAAUGUUGAUGUAUUUUAAGUAUCUCAAUAAAGAGAUCCCAAUGACUA